CGAAACGAUGUACCAUACAGAGUGGUUACAGAGGGACCAUGAUUCUGGGCUGCUGUCGCGGACUGACACAUUUUUGUGUUCUACGGCGUGUUGUUGGCCUGCGACUUCCAAAAAAUCGACCUACUCUUCUUCGCUUUUUCCAUGUGCAAAGGGUUCAACGCGCCUCACACUCCCCGGAAGCCGUAUAUACAUGCACAGAACGCAAAAUCCAUAGGGUACAAGUCAACAAUCUCAUCUUAGCCGCAGAAAGGCUCCUCGAAACCAAGAAUGCCCAUACCAUCCAAUCAUACCUCAUGUCCAAAAUAUCUGCUGAUAAAUUCUAUAACCCCUACAGAUGGGUUGCCUUCGCUCGCUUGAUCAGGUUUGCGCUCGCCAGACAGCUAUUUUCAGUGGCGAUCGCACUCUACGACAGGCUCCUGAAUGAAGGCUUUGCACCGCCCUCUUCCAUCCGGGCGAGAAUGACCGCAAUCAAACUUGUUAACUCUUCAAAACGUCUCGAGGAUGUCAUUGCACCUCUCAAGCAGGUCUUUGCGGAUGAAUCCUACGAUAGCGCGGCGUUUAUGCAACUAUUAUACUUCAUGCUCAGCGUUAAGAAGGCCCCCGUCCCACUUGUCGACAACUUAGCGCGUAUCUAUACGACAGUCGGGAGCAUAGAAACUUGUUCCUGCCCAGACCUUGUCGGAGAGGUUGUCCGGAUCAGUGUUCAAUCUGGUGACAUGGAUGCUGCACAGCAUUGGCUGCGUACUUUCGAGGAAAGCUGUCGGAAAAUGAACGUUGGGAUAGAUGCUGCUCCGUAUGCAAAUCUACUCGAUAGUCUCAUGCGUGUCGAUCCCGGCAACACGUCUGCUAUGAAGGCAAUUCUGGAGAAAAUGAAAGCGGCUGACAUCCCUCCGUCCAUCUCUGUUUUCAACACACUAAUCCAUGUCAAUGUCAAGCAGCAGCGCUUUCGGGAGGCAUUCGAACUCUAUCGUGUACUGAUGACACAACGCUCCGACCAAUUGAUGCCCAACGACGUUACUUUCAAGACGCUCUUACGUGCCACACGCCUUUUUAGCCAGAAAAGACGUGCUAAGCGACCACCUAUUGCCGUGGAACCUUCACAAAUUUUCCGUGACAUGUUGGAAUGCCACCUCCAGCAAACAGAGGGGCAACCCCUGGGGCGCUCAACUUCUCUGUCUGCCUCUGGAUUCCAAAUGGCCCUCCGCUCUUUUAUCGCACGAAACGACUAUUUAGGCGCAUUCAUUGUCGUGCGCUUGCUCGACACAUUUGGUUUUUCCGCUGACUUACAAAGUUAUCGUGCUGUCCUGGCCCACCUGCUCUCGCGAAUAAAACGCGAGAUGGAGAAUCCAAGGCGGCCCAAUGAGUACCGCCUCACAGAUUUCCUUAUGCAUCUCUGCCCUAACGAGAAGCCUGAUUUGAAUGAUAUGCUCUGCCGUGUGCAGAAUAACAAGCUCGCACUCCAACCAUCUCUAGAAGGACCCGUUGCAUCAGAGCUUCUCCCAAGGCCCGAGCAUCCCUUAGCUUCGGAUCCCUCUACGUCUGUCGUAGAGCCUGAUGUCGUGUCACACCUCGUAAACCUCUCGGAGCCCAACCGCCAUAGUGAUGAAGACCUAUUCCAAGUUACUCCAUCGACCAUCAUACAUUCAUCUGCACGUACCCGACGCCGUCGGCCGUUGUAUGUCCCUACUCUACCAGUGCUCAUGGGUGAUGACGCCCCACCCGUUAACAACCGCUGCUCGCCAACUCCUCUCGCUCGACUCUUGCAGAAGGCUUUCCUAGGUGUUCUGUGGGCGAGUUCCCCUUCGUUUAACCCCUGCUGGCAUGGUUUGCUACAAAAAGUGGUUGGAGAUGCGAAAAAACGUAUGAUUCCUCCUAUGGAUGGAGCGGACUCGGCCAAGGGGGCAAAGUUGCGUAAGCAUCUGAGUAGGAAACCACCGCUGCCAUUUGCUGCAUCGAGGAAGAGAAGAUCGGCGAGAGCGGGAUGGGAGAUCGAGUUCACCGGGUGGGACUAUAAUGGAAUGUGAAAGCCGUUUGGACCUCAAGCGUCGUCAUGACGGUAUGGCUGUCUGUGAUGUUUUACAGCUUGUCUGCAU